UUUUAUUUAAACUUUCUUUUAAAAAUGCUUUAUUCUUUUCCAAAUGAAACGAAAAUUGACAUUUUUAAAUGUCUUAACUAUCAACAAUUAUUGGCAUUCAAACUCUCGAAUGUUUAUUUUCACAAUUUUGUUAUUAAAUAUGAGGGGGAAUUUGCUAAGGAGAAGUUUAAUAUGAUUUCUCUUGGUUAUCUCGGUAGUGACGAACUUCCUCGUUUUUUGAUAAAACCCAAAGCUGAAAAUUUUGGUUCUCCAUUGCCUAAAGGACUUGAAGAGAAGUUCAAAAAUGGAUUUGAAUACCCAAUUCCUUUGUUUUUAAGUUGUCAUGGUCCGGACAAAGAAGAUCUUAUUUUGGAGACAGGUUAA